GGGUUCCUCAGCAUGAGCCGUCACGAGGGGGACAAUACAACAUGAAUAUGUUUUCACUCAUAUAACCGCCCCCACUGGUUUUAUUUAAAGUUGUAACAGAUGAGUCCACAUGCAUCAUAAGUUCAUGUACUGUGAGUAGUGGUCUUUAAUCUCUUGUGCUUGUUUGGAGAGGACUAACACGGGUCAUGGAGCUAGAUAAGCGGACAGCAGCACUGCUGACCGCGGCUGCCUGUGGUGUUGGAGCUGUGGUGGUCCUGGUCCAGAAGGUCAGCAGGCACCAAGAGGCGAAGAAAAGGAUUCAGAAAGCCACAAACCUGAGGACUGAGAGUCUGCGGCGGGCAGAACAGGAGGUGCUCCGGUACAAGCAGUCGCAUCCUGCGACCUCCUCUGCAAACAUCUUGAUGCUGUCCUUGUCUGAACUGACUAAACAACUGAAGGACGGCUCCCUGAGCCCUGAAGAUGUGUUUUACACCUAUAUGGAAAAGGCCAUUGAUGUGCACAAAAAGCUGAACUGCUGCACAGGGAUUAUACUGGAGAGUUUUGAGCAGCUGAAAACUAUUCAUUCCAGCAAGGAAGGCCUGUUGUAUGGAGUUCCAGUCAGCAUCAAAGAAAACUUCGAUUGCCAGAAUCAUUACACUUCAUGUGGUGUAGUCAUCAAUCUAGACCAGCCCAUCCAGGAAGACAGUGUGCUGGUUAAAGUUCUGAAAUCCCAAGGAGCUAUUCCCUUUGUGAAAACCAACUUACCACAGGCUCUGCUGAAUUACGAUUGCAGCAACCCCAUAUAUGGGCAGACUGUGAAUCCCCACAACCUCCAAAAGACUUCAGGGGGCUCAUCUGGUGGGGAGGGGGCUCUCCUUGGUGGGGGCGGCUCUGUGCUUGGGUUAGGCAGUGACAUAGGUGGCAGUAUCCGUUUUCCUGCUUCAUUCUGUGGGGUAUGUGGCCUCAAGCCAACAGCAGGGCGACUAAGCUCAAAGGGCCUUAAAACCAUUUUGCCAGGGCAGAAGUCAGUGCUGUCAUGUCCUGGACCAAUGGCUAAGGAUGUGGACAGUCUGGCUCUGUUCAUGCAGGCCGUGCUGUGUGACCACAUGUUUUCUCUGGAUCCAACAAUUCCACCAGUGCCUUUCAAUGUGCAGAUGUACCAGAGCCGCAAGCCCCUGAGGAUUGGUUACCUAGAAAACGACGGCUACACACAGCCGUCGCCAAGCAUGCUUCGUGGCAUCAGAGAAGUCAAAGCUUUGUUAGAGCGAGCAGGACACACUUUGGUGCCCUACAAGCCUCCAAGGAUCAAAUAUGCUCUGCAUGAGCUAAUAGUAAGAGGUGUCCUUGCAGAUGGAGGAGCUACAAUGCUUCAGAAACUGAAGGGAAGCCCUGUGGAUCCUGCUCUUAUAGAACAGGUUAAGCCAUACUAUCUUCCUAAAUGGAUUAAGAAAACAAUGUCCUUCCUCCUCUCGCCUGUGAGUCCUCGUGUGCCUGCUGUGCUUAGUGCUAUUUGUGGAUUUCGGUCUAUUCCAGAACUGUGGAAGCAGCAUGCCGCUGUUGAGGACUACAUUCAUGAAACAAUAGCAGAGUGGAGAAGACUGGACAUUGAUGUCCUGCUUUGCCCUAUGCUCGGACCUGCCUUCAACUUCUUUUACUGCAGCAGACUUACAUGUGCGGUCAGCUACACCAUGAUUUAUAACCUGCUUAACUUUCCUGCUGGUUGUCUUCCUGUUUCCACGGUGACCGAACAGGAUGAGGAGGAACUCAGGCACUAUAAGGGCAACUAUCAGGACAUGUGGGAUAGGCAUUUCAAAAAGGCUGUGACUGGAAGUGUGGGUCUUCCCGUGGCAGUGCAGUGUGUCGCGCUGCCGUGGCACGAUGAACUGUGUCUGCGCUUCAUGAAGGAGGUGGAAGAACUGGUCAAAGAGAGCAGAAAGUAGAGCAGGAGCCCACCUUCAAACACACAAAAAAAUGAGACACUCCAGGAUCAAAUCAUGUCUAAUUCAGGCUCGCUUUUAGGAAGUGUGUAAUAACUAGAAAAAGCACAUUUCUUACAAAACAUACUAAAUAUUGAUCUAUAGAUAAUUUCUAUACUGUAAACUAUCAAUAUAAAACACACUGCAAAGAUCUACAGGCUAUAGCUUCAUUUAAGACUAGUUUAGUGGACUCUCACAACACAAAAAAAUUAUUCAAGUAGUUUAUGAUCAUUUUUUCACAUUAACUCUGAACAGACCGUGAUCUAGUCCAACAAAAUCAGUGACUGAAUUGUGAAUCAUGUCUGCUCUUGUUCUGUUUUGCCACCAAUGGCAUCGUUUAAUCUAACACCUAAUAUACUGGGAAUAGAACAUUUGUGAUUCAUUUAUUUAAUUUCUUCUUACACAGAUAUACUGUAACAAUGUGCUGAAAUCCCAUUUCCACAAUGAAUCUGAAAGAUAUUUUUGCAUUUUCUCUGUGUUAACAGUGGUUUUUUCAGUUUUUUGUAAUGACAAAUAAAGUUACUGAUUUCCUGU